AUGAAAAUACAAGUUUUGCUCGUAACAAUAGCUAUGCUUUACUGUUCAUGUAAAAAUGGAACAGUUAAUGGAAUGGCAAUAUUAAAUACAGAUCAAGUCACGACGGCAUCACAUCAACCAAUAGCUGAGCUGAUGAAACCCAAAGUUCUGAUUGAACCACGCAUUUUAACAGCCGCAAAGCCCGUUUAUGAUAAAGCCGUGAUACCGAAUUCCAAGGUGAAUAAUGCAUCAAAUAAGUCAACAGCUGAGCCAAUCAACGCUAAACCUCAGAUUGAGCCACGCAUUUUAACANAGGUCACGACGGCAUCACAUAACCCAAUAGCUGAGCCUAUGAACCCGAUAGUUCUGAUUGACCCACGCAUUUUAACAGCCGCAAAGCCCGUUUAUGAUAAAGCCGUGAUACCGAAUUCCAAGGUGAAUAAUGCAUCAAAUAAGUCAACAGCUGAGCCAGUGAACGCUAGACCUUUGAUUGAGCCACGCAUUUUAACAGCCAAAAAGCCGGUUGAUGAUAAAAAGACGACACCGGAUUUCGCAGUGGAUUAUUCAUCAGAUCAAUCAGAAACGGCAUUAGAGGUAAGAUCGGAUGUUUCAUCUGUUAAUCUAUUAGAAGCGCUCGAAAAUCCGUCUACUGAUCUUGCUCAAAUCCAGAAGAACUUACAGUUUUGUGCAAGUGCUAGGUGUUCAAAGAUCUAUUGUGAAAAUAAUUUACCAGCAAUACCGACUCAACGCAUUUGUUGUCCACGAUGUGUUACUAAUCCAAAAUGCGAUGCUAGUGAAUGUCCAACACUCAAGUGUCGUACUUAUAUUAUUCCCGCUGAUUUUAGUACUGAUGAAUGUUGUGAUCGUUGCGCGCCAACAUCUGCCAAUGAUGCUGAUCAAACAAAGAUUAGUAAACAUUUACGAAGAUUUCGCAAUGGAACACCCAAAUAUGGGAAAUCAUCAGAAUCACACCACUCUUCUAGCAGCAGCAGCAGUAGUAGUGAAAAGGAUCCAUUGAGAUAUAUUGGUUGCCUAGUACCUCCUUUUGAAAACCAACCGAAACACUGUGAGUCAGUUUUCAUGCAAUUGAUAGGUGAAAUUACUGUACGUCUUCAUGAUGAAGAAUACGAUGGUUUUGAUGACAUGAGUGACUCGGGUGGAAUGUUCAUGGACAAAUAA